UGGCUGGCCGCCGGCUGGCCGGCCGCGCGCUGGCUGGCCCGCUGGGCUGGCUGCUCCGCGGCGGCCCUUGCAAGGGGCGAAAAAAAGCAUAUAUACCGAUCCGGCCGCUUAUCAGCCCCGAUCUGCGUCUGAUCUUCCAUCUCCUCGCGCAUCGACAAUGACCCUCUCUAAGAUUCACGCUCGCCAGAUCUUCGACUCCCGUGGCAACCCCACUGUCGAGGUCGAGGUCACCACCACUCGCGGUGUCUUCCGCGCUGCUGUUCCCUCUGGUGCCUCCACUGGCAUCCACGAGGCUCUCGAGCUCCGUGAUGGUGACAAGGGCUCCUACGUCGGCAAGGGUGUCCUCAAGGCCGUCGCCAACGUCAACAACAUCAUUGCUCCCGCUCUCGUUGCUGCCAACAUUGAUGUCUCUGACCAGGGCAAGGUCGACGACUUCCUCCUGAACCUCGAUGGCACCCCCAACAAGUCCAAGCUCGGCGCCAACGCCAUCCUCGGUGUCUCGCUCGCCGUUGCCCGCGCCGGUGCUGCCAAGAAGGGUGUUCCUCUCUACCAGCACAUCGCUGACCUCGCUGGCAAGAAGGACCCCUUCAUCCUCCCCGUCCCCGCCUUCAACGUCAUCAACGGUGGCUCCCACGCCGGCAACAAGCUCGCCAUGCAGGAGUUCAUGAUCCUCCCCACCGGCGCUGCCAACUUUGCCGAGGCCAUGAAGAUCGGUUCGGAGGUCUACCACCACCUCAAGACCGUCAUCAAGAAGAAGUACGGUGUCGAUGCCACCAACGUUGGUGAUGAGGGUGGCUUCGCCCCCAACAUCCAGGACAACCGCGAGGGUCUUGAUCUCCUCAUCGAGGCCAUCGCCGCCGCUGGCUACACCGGCAAGGUCCAGAUCGGCAUGGAUGUUGCUGCUUCUGAGUUCUACAAGGACGGUCUCUAUGACCUCGACUUCAAGAACCCCGACUCUGACCAGAGCAAGUUCAUCACUGGCGAGCAGCUCUCUGACCUGUACCGCUCCUUCAUCAAGGACUACCCCAUUGUCUCCAUCGAGGACCCCUUCGACCAGGACGACUGGGCCUCCUACGCCGCCCUGACCUCGUCGGUCUCGAUCCAGAUUGUCGGUGAUGACUUGACUGUCACCAACCCCCUCCGCAUCCAGACCGCCAUCGAGAAGAAGGCCUGCAACGCCCUCCUCCUCAAGGUCAACCAGAUCGGCACCGUCACCGAGUCCAUCAAGGCUGCCCUCCUCUCUCAGUCCGAUGGCUGGGGUGUUAUGUGCUCUCACCGCUCCGGUGAGACCGAGGACACCUUCAUUGCUGAUCUCGUUGUCGGCCUCAAGACCGGCCAGAUCAAGACCGGUGCUCCUUGCCGCUCUGAGCGUCUCGCCAAGUACAACCAGCUUCUCCGUAUUGAGGAGGAGCUCGGUGCCAAGGCCAAGUACGCCGGUGCCAGCUUCCGCCGCCCCGAGUAAAGCUCUUCCUCCCUUCCACGUGUGGAUGCGUCGUCGCUUGCAUCCUCCAUAUGUUAAUACACAGCGCAUUUUGAAAGUGCGAGCACCCUCAUAAAACAGAGAGGCGUUUUGUAAACUA